GUACGCGGCCCUGGUCCGUCUGAGUCCUGGCCGAGGAACUUCUGUUGGUGUUUGGGGCCGCAGGAAUCGGAAGCCAUGGAUGACCCAUGCACGCUUUGAGACCUCCGUCAGAUCUGGGGUUUCCUGGAAACCUACCAUAAAGUUGAACAAAUUGUAGAACAGACUUAUGGCUGGUGGUAGCAGAGUCAACAUCAAAGUAUGCUUCGUGGUGUUCUGGGAAAGGCUUUUCGACUUGCUGGCUAUACCAUUCAGUAUGGCUGCAUAGCUCAUUGUGCUUUUGAAUACGUUGGUGGUGUUGUAAUGUGUUCUGGACCAUCAAUGGAACCCACAAUUCAAAAUUCAGAUAUUGUCUUUGCAGAAAAUCUUAGCCGACAUUUUUAUGGCAUCCAAAGAGGUGACAUUGUAAUUGCAAAAAGCCCAAGUGAUCCAAAAUCAAAUAUCUGUAAAAGAGUAAUUGGUUUGGAAGGAGACAAAAUCCUCAGCACUAGUCCAUCUGAUGUAUUUAAGAGCCGCAGUUACGUGCCAACAGGUCAUGUUUGGUUAGAAGGUGAUAACUUACAGAAUUCUACCGAUUCCAGGUAUUAUGGACCUAUACCAUAUGGACUAAUAAGAGGACGUAUCUUCUUUAAGAUUUGGCCUUUCAGUGACUUCGGAUUUCUGCGUGACAGCCCAAAUGGCCAGAGAUUUUCUGAUGAUUAAUAAGUAUUUCUUGAUUACUGUCUCCUAUUCAAGUGAAUUUAUUACUACAGUUGAAACCAUGAACUUAAUAAACUAUUUGCUAUUCAGUUUUAUUUAUGUUUUAAAUAUAAGAGUAAAUAUCACACUCUGCAAUAUAUAUUAAGUAAAAGUAUUUAGAUAAAAAUUGACCCAAAACAAAUUUUCUUUCUAAAUUGUAUGAUAUAAAAAUAUAUUGGGGAAGAAAUCCA